AAGCGCGCAGCAGAUCUUCUUCCGGGGAGACACGGGGCCGGAAGCAGAGGUUCCCGUUUCCGGGCACCGGGAUGAAAGGAAGGAACGCAGGUGAGAAGAGACCGGCAGGUGGGGAAACCGUGGGGUGAACGUAACCCUAACUCGGUGUGGCAGAGCCUGGAGAGAAGGCGAGGAGGCUGGAGAACCGGACGGCUGGCAGAGAGAGAAAUCGGUUACAAUGGAAUCACCAGAGGAGCCCGGAGCGUCCAUGGACGAGAACUACUUUGUGAACUACACUUUCAAAGAUCGGUCACACUCAGGCCGUGUGGUUCAAGGCAUCAUGAAACUGUGUCUGGAGGAGGAGCUCUUUGCUGAUGUCACCAUUUCCGUGGAAGGCCGGGAGUUUCAGCUCCAUCGGCUGGUCCUCUCGGCUCAGAGCUGCUUCUUCCGGUCCAUGUUCACUUCUAACCUGAAGGAGGCCCACAACCGGGUGAUUGUGUUGCAGGAUGUCAGUGAGUCUGUCUUCCAGCUCCUGGUUGAUUAUAUCUACCACGGGACUGUGAAACUUCGAGCUGAUGAGUUGCAGGAAAUUUAUGAGGUUUCAGAUAUGUAUCAGCUGACAUCUCUUUUUGAGGAAUGUUCUCGGUUUUUGGCCCGCACAGUACAAGUGGGAAACUGCCUUCAGGUGAUGUGGCUGGCAGAUCGGCACAGUGACCCUGAGCUCUACACUGCUGCCAAACACUGUGCCAAGACCCACCUAGCCCAGCUGCAGAGCACAGAGGAAUUUCUUGACUUGCCCCACCAUCUACUCACUGAUAUCGUCUCGGAUGGAGUUCCAUGUUCCCAGAACCCAACAGAGGCAAUAGAAGCCUGGAUCAAUUUUAAUAAAGAGGAAAGAGAGGCUUUUGCACAAUCACUCAGGACUAGCUUGAAGGAAAUUGGGGAAAAUGUGCACAUCUACCUGAUUGGGAAAGAAUCAUCUCGUACCCACUCCUUGGCCGUGUCCUUGCACUGUGCAGAAGAUGAUUCCAUCAGCGUAAGUGGCCAAAACAGCCUGUGCCACCAGAUCACCGCAGCCUGCAAGCAUGGUGGAGACUUGUAUGUGGUGGGAGGGUCCAUUCCACGGCGCAUGUGGAAGUGCAACAAUGCCACCGUUGACUGGGAGUGGUGUGCUCCUUUGCCACGGGAUCGGCUCCAGCACACCCUGGUGUCUGUGCCUGGGAAAGACGCCAUAUAUUCACUGGGUGGCAAGACACUGCAAGAUACCCUUUCCAAUGCAGUCAUCUAUUACCGGGUAGGUGAUAAUGUGUGGACAGAGACAACCCAACUCGAGGUGGCUGUGUCAGGGGCCGCUGGUGCCAACCUCAAUGGGAUUAUCUACUUACUAGGCGGGGAGGAAAAUGACUUGGAUUUCUUUACCAAACCUUCCAGACUCAUCCAGUGCUUUGACACAGAGACAGACAAAUGCCAUGUGAAGCCCUAUGUGCUGCCCUUUGCAGGCCACAUGCAUGCAGCUGUGCAUAAGGAUCUGGUGUUCAUCGUGGCUGAAGGGGACUCCCUGGUGUGCUACAAUCCCCUGCUAGACAGCUUCACCCGGCUUUGCCUUCCCGAGGCCUGGAGCUCUGCCCCAUCCCUCUGGAAGAUUGCCAGCUGCAACGGGAGCAUCUAUGUCUUCCGAGACCGAUAUAAAAAGGGGGAUGCCAACACCUACAAGCUUGACCCUGCCACUUCAGCUGUCACUGUCACAAGAGGCAUUAAGCUGCUGCUUACCAGUUUGCAGUUUGUGUUGGCCUAAGGCUGGGGGGAGGGUAGGGAAGAACAGCUGACUCCUGUGCCCUCCCCAUCCAAACUUGGAGUUCCCUGGGCCCCAAUUCAGAGUGAUGCGUUACUUUUUGGUUCGUGUUAGAAAGGCAGCACACCUCAGCCCUUCCCGGAACCUGCAGGUUUUCUGGGGCUUUUUAGACUGCUGCUGCUCAGCUGGCUGCUUCCGCUGAGAGCAGGCCAGCCCGUUCGCUGCCAUCCCCUGGUAAUCCUGUGCCUCACUGCAGAUUGCUUAGACCAGACCCUAGGCACAGCCUCUCCUCUUGACUGAUCAGUGUCAAACAGAAGCAUCCCUGAUCCCAGGGAAGACAGAAAGAUGCCCAGUUGUACUUUUUUUUCUAUUGCCUUCAAAGGGGCUAGUUGAUAAUUUUUCCACAGAGAAUUAGGUGUUAGAGUUUUCCUUCAGGCUUUGGUUGAGAGAAUGUACUAAGCUGAAGGGUACUUCACCAGCAAAAGUCAACUCUAGAAUUCAAGACGUUCCUUCUACUGUUUUCUCAUCUAUCUGACGACAUGUAACUUUGGUUUUAUUUUUGGCUUAUUCCAAGGUGUAAGCCAGAAAGUAAAAAGGGUUAUUUCUGAUUAAUAGCAGAAGCUUUUUUCAAACUCUAAUAUAUAAAGUCUCUGCUCUUUUAGAAACUCCAAGCUAAGUCAAAAGCUAAGAACUAUUCAUAGAAAUAAAAGUUUUUGAAGGGA